AUGCUUGCACCACCAGAAUACUUCGGAGUGGUCGAAGACGGUGUGUACCGAUGUUCGGCAUUGACAACACUCAACUUUGCAUUUCUCGAGACUCUGGGUCUCAAGACCAUCAUAUCGCUGAACCCUGAUCGACCGCCAAAACACAUUCGAGGAUUCUGCUCCGAGCAAGACAUCAAGCUUGCCCAUGUGGGUCUUCGGCCUUGGAGGGCAUCCAGCAAUGCUCUGGUCCUGUCGGAGGACCUGCUACAGGACUCGUUUGAUUACGUUCUCGACAAGACUUCAUAUCCCAUUCUCAUUCUGGACUCGACAAACGCCUUUGUGGGCGCAUUACGACGAAUGCUCAAGUGGAAUUACUCCAGUGUGGUGGCCGAAUACCGCAUCUUCUCGGGCGCAAAGCCGCAUUACAUGGCCGAGAUCUUCCUGGAAAUGAUCGAUAUCAAAUGUGUGGCAUGGGAUGGAGAGUGUGCUGUCACGGAUGACGAGGAAGAUAUCAAAAGCAGCAGUGGUGGCCAGUUUCUAGGCCCUUCUUCACCCGAGUUCAUGCGUUCACGUAUGUACUCGGUCACAUCGGUUAUGAGCAAUAUGAACUCCAAUCCUGUUCAGACCGUCAUCAUCAAGGUCCCUGAUGAAGAAGUUCUCCCCGAGUGGUUCAAGUUCCAGCGAGACAUGUGGCUGGAAGAACAGGCGGAUCGAGACAAGAUCGAAUUCUAG